AUGCCCGUCAAAAAUCAGGCAAUAAUCAAGCGGGCUGCCAGACACUGUUUUCAGACAGCGGAGGAGGCCCGAGAGGCCAUUGGGUACUUUGCUAUCCCAUUGUUCCCAAUUCAAUGGCAUGAUCAAGCCCAGGUCAGGGUCGCUGCGGUCCUACUAGAAAGGAGCAGAAGUCUGUCGGUUGUAGAUGACAGUGAAAAUGAAGAGAUUCUCCCUGCUCCUACUACCGCUACUGAAUCGAAUGCAAUCGAAGACAUCGACAAAUCUACACCAGUAUCGACGAGAACCAGGAAAGCUACGAGCUCUGCUAGGAGAGCCUCUCCUCAUCACCAAGUGGAAGUCUCCACCUCCAAGUUAGAACAUAGCGAGACCAAAAGCACCACCAAGCCGCUAUCUCAAUCAUCAAGAAGGAUUAAAAUUGUUCUCAAGGUCGGUAGCUCAACUCGCCGCGACAAAGACUCUGCAAAGGAAACUUCCACCAACAAAUCAGGUGACCGACCUGUAAAGUGUGGAAAGCGUACCAGGACAUGCUGCGAGGCGGUUACGGAGAACAAACCGCCGGUUAAGAAAUGCCGGAUUAUCCUCACAAUCACGAAGAAGUAG